UUCAUCCCUCCGUAGGCUAUCUCACAUGUUAAGAGAGAAUUUGCUUCCCCUUUAAAUCAACCCAUGAAACCAACAUGAUCUUCCCAAGAUUCAACCAUGGCUGAUUUGCAAAGCUACCUCGUACUAUUCCUCAUAUGGCUAGUCUCCACCAUCCUGGUCCGAUCCAUAUUCACCAGAUUCAAGACCAAGGCACGUCUUCCACCGAGCCCAAUGGCCUUGCCAAUCAUUGGUCACCUCCACCUUCUUGCCCCAUUACCUCACCAAGCUCUUCACAAGCUCUCAAAUCGCUAUGGACCCUUGAUCCACCUCUUCCUAGGCUCCGUCCCUUGUGUAGUUGCUUCCUCUCCAGAAAUGGCAAAAGAGUUCCUCAAAACUCACGAGACUUCUUUCUGUAACCGGCCCCAAACGGCUGCAGUUGACUACCUUACCUACGGCUCCUCUGAUUUUUCUUUUGCACCGUAUGGACCUUACUGGAAAUUCAUGAAGAAACUCUGCAUGUCCGAACUUCUUGGUGGCCGGACCCUAGAUCAGCUCCUCCCAGUUAGGCGUGAAGAGAUAACUAAGUUCGUGCAAUUUUUGCUAAACAAGGCUGAAGCAGGCGAGGCUGUUGAUGUUGGAGGACAGCUUCUGCGGGUGACAAAUAAUGUCAUUUCAAGAAUGUCCAUGAGCGAAAGGUGUUCUGAAAAUGAACACGAGGCGGAUGAUGUGGCAAAGUUGGUGAAAGCUAUUGCUGAGCUCACAGGGAAGUUCAACUUGUCAGAUUUUAUCUGGUUUUGUAAGAAUUUAGAUUUGCAGGGACUUAGGAAAAGGCUCAAGGAAGUUCACGACAGGUUUGACAGCUUGAUGGAAAGGAUUCUACAGGAGCACGAAGAGGCAAGGAAGAAGGAGAAAGAAAGAGAUGGAGCUUACGCGGUGAAGGAUUUACUCGAUAUUCUACUCGAUAUUUCUGAAGACCAGAGUGCAGAGAUGAGAUUGAGUAGAGAAAACAUAAAGGCCUUCAUCCUGGAUAUAUUUGCUGCUGGUACAGACACAUCUGCAAUCACUACAGAAUGGGCACUGGCAGAGCUAAUCAACCACCCAACUAUGAUGGAGAAAGCAAGACGAGAGAUCGAUUCUGUAAUUGGAAAGAGCAGACUAGUAGAAGAAUCAGAUAUUGUGAACCUUCCUUACCUCCAGGCUAUAGUAAAAGAGACACUAAGGCUUCACCCGACCGGCCCAAUAAUCCUGAGAGAGUCAUCUCAACACUGCACCAUUGGAGGUUACGAGAUUCCAGCAAAGACUAGAUUGUUUGUGAAUGUGUGGGCUAUCGGCAGAGACCCCAAGCACUGGGAAAGCCCUCUGGAGUUCCGACCAGAGAGGUUUGUUAGCCAAUCAGAGGGGAGUGCUGGAAAGAGCCAGUUGGAUGUUAGAGGACAACAUUUUCAUCUACUGCCAUUUGGGAGUGGAAGAAGAGGGUGCCCUGGAACAUCACUCGCUCUUCAGGUUGUUCAGACAACCUUGGCUACUCUGAUUCAGUGCUUUGAAUGGAAAGUUCCUGGAGGGGAUGGAACUGUUGAAAUGGAAGAGGGACCUGGGAUAACUCUUCCAAGGGCCCACCCAUUAGUCUGUGUCCCAAUGGCUAGGCUCGAUCCAUUUCCAUCCAUCUCGUCAAGCACCAAGAUUCAACAAUAAAGAGUACAACGAAAGCAAGUGAUAUUAGAGACUAGUCCGGUUUUUCCUCGCUGCUUAAUCUUAUGGGCCAAGAUGCACUGACGCUGGGCAUACUGCGAAUCCCACUCUUACCAGCUCUCUUUUCCCUCUCUAUGUGAUGUACAUUUAGGAGACCCGCUUGUGUCGUCAAAGACCAUUCCAGCCACUGCUAGUUGUUUUGUUCACCAUUGAUUGCUUUCUUUUUAUCCUCCAAGCAUAUACCAGAAGAGUGAUUGUGAGGCCCCCAAAAA